ACAGGCAGUGAGGGGUGCACUGACAGAGGGAUCGGGGGUAGCACCACGGGCACCGCGGGGGGCACCGCGAGGGAGCCUACUUGGGCUCUGCUGCCUGCUCGGGUGUCCCCCCCAGUGCAAAAGAAGAGGAUCUCCUCUGUUGGGGGCCGGGCCCUGUUUGAAGGGUGGGUGCGAUUGUGGUCACCCCCUUCAUCUGCUGCCUUGGAUCCUGGUGGUUUGGCCCCAAAGCCCCUCGGGGUGGGGGUGGGCAAGCCAGAACUAGUCCUGCCCCCUGUAUUUCUCCUGCGCCCCCCCCCAUAUUUUUCCAAUCCACCAAAAUUACCACAUGGACCAGCCCUGCAGGGGGGAGCAGGCCGGGGGGUGUGGGGGGUGUGUCAGGGCCGUGUGCCCCUCCCCGCUUAUCACAUAUUUGUUUUACUUUGCUUGCAAGAGAAUCAACCCCAAAGUGCCAUGUCCAGAGGGAGCCUCAGUCCCCAGCACCCUGCUCUGCCCCCUCUGCUCUGGGGGGAGGCAGAACUGUCACUGUCUGGAGGCAGGCAGACAGCUCAGGUCAGUCUCUGCCACCAUGAUGGAGGAAGGUCCCCCCAACUCCAGCCAGGGCCAGCAGGGCCGCUUCCUGGCCAGCAAUGGCACCGACAGCUCCUUGGACCUGGAGUCCGUGGUGCGUCCUCUCGCCUUGAACCCGUGGGACGUUGUCCUCUGCAUCUCCGGGACCAUCAUCUCCUGCGAGAAUGCCAUCGUGGUGGUGGUGAUCUUCUACACCCCGGCGUUCCGGGCUCCCAUGUUCCUCCUCAUCGGCAGCUUGGCCACUGCCGACCUCCUGGCUGGUCUGGGGCUGAUCCUGCACUUUGCCUUUGUCUACUUCAUCCCGUCGGAGGCAGUCAGCCUGCUCACGGUGGGGCUCUUGGUCACCUCCUUCACCGCCAGCGUCAGCAGCCUGCUGACCAUCACCAUCGACCGCUACCUGUCCCUCUGCAACGCCCUCACCUACUACUCGGCGAGGACGGUCACCAGGACUUACGUCAUGCUGAUCCUCACCUGGGGAGCCUCCAUCUGCUACGGGCUCCUGCCCGUCAUGGGCUGGAACUGCCUGAAGGAGCCCUCCACCUGCAGCAUCGUCAAGCCUCUGACGAAGAACCACCUCAUCAUCCUCUCCGUCUCCUUCUUCCUGGUGUUCGCGGCGAUGCUGCAGCUCUACGCCCAGAUCUGUAGGAUCGUGUCCCGCCACGCCCACCAGAUCGCCAUCCAGAGACACCUCCUGCCCAGCUCCCACUACGUCACCACCCGAAAAGGCAUCGCCACCUUGGCCGUCAUCCUGGGCACCUUCGCCUCGUGCUGGCUGCCCUUCGCCGUGUACUGCCUGCUGGGGGACUACAGCUCCCCCGCGCUCUACACCUACGCCACGCUGCUCCCCGCCACCUACAACUCCAUGCUCAACCCUCUCAUCUACGCCUUCAGGAACCAGGAGAUCCAGAAGGUGCUGUGGGCUGUGUGCUGCGGCUGCUUCUCCCCCACUUUGCCCUUCCGCUCCCGCUCCCCCAGCGACGUCUGACGCCAGCCGCCCUCCCUCGCCAGCCUCUCUGCCCCUCUCACUCAGCCGAUGUGGUUGGGGCAUUUUCUGGGGGGUGGGUUUUGCCCCUUUUCCUCCCCAGCGACGCGUUCCGGGAGCUCUCCGAGCCCUGGCAGCUGUGGUUAAUGGCUGCGUUUGGUGAUCUGGGAGCUCGGCUCCAGGAGCUCUUCCCGGCCCCAUCCUGCCAGCCGCAGCCUUUCUCUCCCUCGAUUUUCCUGCUUUUCCAGCGUGCAGGAGGGAAGUGCAUUGCAUUUGCAACCCACAGUCGAUAUUUGCGCGCGGGGGGGAGAGUCUCAUAUUUUCUUUACAACUCUUUCUGGUAAUUGAUUCUUUUAAGGGGGGGCCACACCGGCAAUGUUCCCCCACACUGCCUGUGCCUCAUUACUUACCUCAGAGAGUGACAUCUACACUAACUACACUCGGGGAAGGGGACACGCUCGCCGGAGGAGGGGGGUCUCCCCCCCAGCCCUCCAUCCAUUGAUCUAUUACUGUUUAAUUACUAUUCGAUAUCCUCCCAGCGCCGCCCCAGCGCUGGGCCCUGCUGCCCUCUAGCGCUCGCUGCCUUCGGGCACCAGGCGCUGCGGAGGCUUCAGCCCCCGAACCCGGCAACUUUGGGGUGCCCUGGGUGCUGCCUCCCCCGGCACCCGGGUUCGCCCCCUGCUCCUCCAGCCAAAGCCUUUCUCUGCACUGGGAUUUGCACAUGGGGGGUGAAUGUGAAGAGGCUCCUCAGGCUGGGGACCUCUCGGUGGGGUGCUG